AUGGCGUCAUGGCCGGUCGCCUUCCUCAGCUUCUGGGCAGUCCUUCGUCCUGGGCCUCUGCCUUUGCCACGCCCCUUCCUCCUCUGGCUAGGCUCCACAGAUUGGCUCCACCAAACCCUCCGCCACCCCACCUCUGCUAGAUCGAUGCGAACAGCAAGCCCCAGCCGAUUAAGCUUGAAGCUGUGGGAGGAGCUCAAGACCGAGCCGGAGUGGCACCAAUUCGGACAAUAUUGCGCCGCCUUUCAAUGGCCCGGUCACAAUCACAUCGUCCAUCUAGCGGUGCUCGUCAUCCUCUAA